GAAUUGCAAAAUGUAUUCAGUUCCAAUCCACCGCUUUACACGACAAAAGUGCCCUUCUAUAAGCAGUAUUUUUGUCGCGCAUUUACGCUUGUUCACUUAUUCUUAAUUCCCUUACCCUAAUCCACCGUAUCCACAAUGAUGCUGGCAGUAAUUGCAGUUGUUUCUUUGUUCGGCUGCAUAACGGCGCAUGAUCACGGGUUUUCUUUCAAAUCUGUGCCUGUCGCCAGUGCUGAUGAGUUUGGGCUGGAUGAUUUGGUCCAAGAGUACCACUUCCACACCUACUUCGUCCAGACGAAUGCUGACAGCCGUCGCGAAGCCGAAGCCUUCCAUGCCCGCGUCAGUGCCAGCAUCCGGUCCGGUCAACUGGCCGCCCGUGCCGGCACCCUGGCCUACGGUCCACGCGGACCCCACAUGAUUGGCAAUUUCUACGCCUGGGUGCCUAGAGAAUCCUUCCAGAAAGCCUAUAAUUUCUACGCUCUGAAUCGUGGAAAUUUGACGGUGCUGAUCCAUCCUCUCACCAAGAUGGAAUUGCUAGACCACACUACCCGUGCAGUAUGGAUGGGCGUUCCCUUGCCUCUCGAUAUGGCCUGGAUUCGGGAAGAGUUAACUGAAGUGCCGCUGGAAUUCCCCGAACUGCAGUUGGGUUAUUCGGCACCAAAGAACCAGCUUAAGCGUCUGUAAAAUUUUUUAGAUUGUACCAAUGUGGUUUUUGUAAUACAUGAUCAUGAUACCGUGCAGCUGAUACUUGGGAAAAAUCUUGAAAUACGUGCAGCUUUUUUCCAGAAACGUGUAUCAUAUUCAUAUGCAAAUUAAAAUAUUAUUUGUAAA